ACCUGGACGGUUCCAUUAUUUAGCUCAACUCCAGGUGGUGCAGCAAUGUCAGAGCCUAAUGUUAAGGAGUGUACUCUGAAUCCGGAAGCAACCCCCUUUAUUAAUAGAGCUUUACCGCCCGAUCGAGUUUGUCAGCCUGGUCGUGUAUCGUUUCCCACACCUGCAAUAGAGACUAUUAUGACAGAGCUUACAACCAGUAAAGACUCUAUAGUAACUAAAUCUAGUCUCCCUCCUUUGGAUGCUGUUAAAUUCUCUCGUAAUCCUUGUGAAUAUUUCAGAUUCAAAUCGCGUUUUGACGAAAUGGUUGAUACCCAGAACAUUUCAGAAGCUCAGAAAAUGUCACGUUUGCUUCAUUUUCUUUAUGGCCCAGCUCGAAGUGCUGUUGCAGGUUUUGAAGGAGUGCCUGGUGGGCUGGGUAAGGCACUAAAAAUGUUGCAGCAACGUUUUGGACAACCGCAUAUUGUGGCAAAGGCAUGUGUUGAUGCUUUAGUCGAUGGACCAAAACAUAUCAAACAACGAUGGACAAGGGCUGCAGGAAUUUGCUGACCGCUCAAGAAGAUUGUAUGAGACAUUAAGAUCACUUAAUGUCCUGUCAGAAAUGAACAUGUCAAAUGCGGUGGCCGGUCCCAAGACAACGAAAAUGGCAGAGCAAGUUGGACCUAGUGACCGAGCGAAAUCAGAUAGGGAUUCAAAUUCAACAACGCUAAAAGUGAAAUGUUAUGGCUGUGAGGCUACACAUAAGAUAGAGCACUGUCCUGAUUUUAUAAACAAAUCUAUGAGGCAGAGAAUAGUCUUCGCAAGGUACAAGGGGCUUUGUUCAAACUGCUUACGCAAGGGACACUUUUUUUAGUGAGUGCCAGUCAACCUUUAAGUGUAAACACUGCCAACAACCACAUCAUUCCUUAUUGCACAAACCAACUGAGGUAAAGAGGGAGCAUUGGCGACCCUAAGGUAGACACAGGGCCAAGUGAGCAAGCAAAUGUGAAUACCGUAACAACAGCACCUGUUGAAACACCAAGUCGCACGUCUUCUACGACCUCAAGGACUAAGGUUGCAUUACAAGUUGUUCGAGUUAAGAUGAUGAGCAAAGAAGGAGGCUCUGUUACUACAUUUGCACUGCUUGAAACUGGGAGUGAAGAGACAUUUCUCUCCAAGGUUAUUUGUGAUAAACUUGGGUUCCAAGUUAGCAACUGCGACACUUUGGCUGUAUGCACAUUGUCGGGCGAGUCCUCAAUUAAAGUUGGUCAAGCCAAUGUUUGAGUGAAAGCUGUUGAUAGCCGGGACAAUCGCACCCUAGCAAUUGAAAACAUUAAAGUUGUAAACAAUCUGAACAUAAUAACAAUAUAAUAAUAAUAAUUAAAACUUAUAUAGCGCAACUUUCCAUGGCACAUGAUCAAAUGCGCUUUGCAAUAACUUAAAAAAAAGACCAAAAAUGAAUAAAAUUUACAAGCAGGUAGAAAGAUUAAAAAUGAAAUAAAAUGAUAAUGAAACGAUAAAUAAUAAAAUAAAUGAAACAAAUACUCUACUACAGAUUAAAAGCCUGUUUAAAAAGAUAUGUUUUCACAUGGCAUUUAAAAUUUGACAGAGAGUCAAGGCUGGAUAUUUCACUAGGUAGGUUGUUCCACAGCUUUGGGGCCGCAUAAGAGAAUGCUCUACCACCAAGUGUUGGGAGUAUCUUGCCGCCUGGAACCUCAAGCAUAACUUUUUUGGCUGGAUCUGAGGGAAUAUCCUGUUGAUUUCCUUUGAUUUCCUUUGGCUGAUCAAUUUGCAAAUAUAAUCUGGCGCCAUGCCAUGAGUAGCUUUAAAAGUCAAAAGUAAAAUCUUAAACUCAAUGCGAUACUUGAUGGGAAGCCAGUGAAGCUGAGAUAAGACUGGUGUUAUAUGGCAAAACCUAGGUUGCUUAAAAAUAAGCCUUCCAGCUGCGUUUUGAACUUUUUGUAUCUUAUCGAUUUGUACCUGUGGCAAUCCAUAGAGUAAACUGUUACAGUAAUCUAAUCGGCUGGAGAAAAACGCGUGAAUCAAAGUCUCCGAGGAGUCACGCGAUAGGUGUUUUCUUAUCCGCUUAAUGUUCCGGAGAUAGUAAAAUGGUGCAUUACAGACUUUGUUGAUGUGGGAGUUCAUUGACAGCUUGUCAUCAAUGUAAGACCCAAGGUUUCUAACAACGGACGAUUUCAUUGUAGCAGAUUUUCCCACGGUGAUAAGAGCGAAGGACUUGCCUAAGUGACCUCAUUUGAAGGACCUUGAAAUCCCUGACGUACAUGACGAGCAGGUGACCAUGCUGAUCGGUGGUGAGUUGGCAGAUCAGCAGAUGAAACAGUUUCUAAGGCUUGAAGACGUUGGCAUGAACAGGAGUUCCAAGAAUAAAGGAAUGUCAAUUGAAGACGAGGAAGCACUGAAAAAAAUGGAAAACUCAGUUUGUGUAGUAGACGGACACUAUGAAGUUGGAAUGUAAUGGAAGAGUGAUACUCCUUGGCUGCCAAACAACAAGCAGACGGCAGAAGCAAGACUACAGUCUUUAAAAAGAAAACUCAAGCGUAAUGAGAUGAGAACUUUCACAAAAAGUAUAGGAAGUUUAUGGAAAACCUCAUUCAGAAAGGAUAUACCAGAAAGAUGACUAAAGAAGAGGCGAUGCUCCGAAGCCACAGGACGUGGUAUUUGCCACAUCACGGUGUGUUUCACCUCCCAAAGGCAGGGCAAAAUUCGUGUAGUAUUUGAUGCGGCGUCUUUCAUGACGAGAUUCAUAGAGAUCUGAAAUCAUAGACCCCUGCUGAUGUUCGCCUAUUCAAUAGGCGAACAUCAGCAGGGGAGCUCUGUAGAAGUAAUCAAACUUUUUACGGCUCAUUUACUUGGAGGUGACAAAUUCUCAUAUCAACGGAAUUCCUGUACGUCAACAAGAUUUCGGUUCAACAAAAACACUCAACUACAAAUUAGCCGCAUUGGAAGUCUUUCUGCCGAACCGGAAUGCAUUUGCCUCUGUAGUGGCUUCUCUUAAAAUUUAUUGCACUUCAAGAAGAGUGAUUUUACGCACUUCUUACUGGGGAAUUUUCCAUUGUAUAUUUUGUUUAGUUGUAUUUAUUAAACACUAAGCGCCAGUUAUUUAACUGGUAUAUUACAAAAUCGCGUCAUAAUUAAGCCCUUUUCUGUUUAACCAACGCUUUUAUCAAACCCCAUUUAUCGUGAAUAAUUUCAAUACAGCAUACAAGGCAGACUGAAAAACUAAAGCACUUAUUUUAUUAAACUAACCCACCAAGAAAGAGGCCUGGAGGUCCAAUGAUUUCUGAAACCGCGGCCUAAGGUAACCCGUAAUGGUUUGAAAGUAAUGUCAGUCUAUUUUCUUUUUGCCUCUCUCGCAAGUGAAAGUGAGAGUUCACUGAGACUGUGCGGUUUUCUCGAGUGCGUUUUAGAAGCUGCCUUAACGGAAAGGUUACUACACUACCGGAAUUAAAACAUCGAGGAAAUUAUUAAUUUAAAGCCGCGGAGUAUUUUCCGCAACAAUGAAUAAUAUUACCUCUAACUUGCUGCGAUAACACUGCAAAAUAUUUCAGAUUAUUUUUCAACUGAAUAGGCUGCGAAUUUAAUGCGAUGAUCAUGUUCACUUUCAUACCUUCAUCCGCAUUUCAAAUAUUUCAAUUCAUGCUUACAAGAUCUCUCUAAUUUUAUGUCUGAACGCAAGGCUUUUUUAAUGGAAACUUCAUUCAAGGGCAGAACUAACACUAAGCGCCAAGCGGAAACUGCCUUAUGAAAAAACUUUUAAAGUUGACACGCUGUUUUUAAGGCCUCACUGGAUCUGGAUGGGGCUAAAUACAAACGUAAGCGAAACACCAAUUUUGCAAUAUUUAAAUAAUGUCUAAAAAAUAAAGCUUCCCUCUGAGAUACCUGGUCAAUAAAAUUCUCACAGAUCCACAACCUAAAAAGGCUAAGCUGUUCUGUUGAAUCAGGAAGGCCAAACUUUUUGUCUUAAUGCUGGUCAGAGAUUCAAACAAUAUCUAAAAGCGCGUUUUUAGUUCGCUCUGAGACACCCGGAGAAUAAAAUUCUCACAGAGCCACAGCCUAAAAAGGCUAAGCUGCGCUGUUGCAUCAGGAAGGCCAAACUUUUUUUCUUAAUGCUGGACAGAGAUUCAAACAAUAUCUAAAAGCGCGUUUUUAGUUCCCUUUGAGACACCCGGAGAAUAAAAUUCUCACAGAACCACAGCCUAAAAAGGCUAAGCUGCUCUGUUGCAUCAGGAAGGCCAAACUUUUUUUCUUAAUGCUGGACAGAGAUUCAAACAAUAUCUAAAAGCGCGUUUUUAGUUCCCUCUGAGACACCCGGAGAAUAAAAUUCUCACAGAGCCACAGCCUAAAAAGGCUAAGCUGCUCUGUUGCAUCAGGAAGGCCAAACUGUUUUACUUAAUGUGGGGCAUGCAUGCACUAUCAUCUUCACAGAUCUAAUCAGUUCAAAAUUAAAUAAAGCUUUAAUCUGUAAAUCAAUGUUUGGUUUAUGAAAUUUUACUCACUUUUACUGACUGUUGAUAGCCACUGGCUUUGGCAAAAUAAAUUUUCCUGUUUUCUUAAAAGGGAUUCGAUAAAAUUGAAAAUAUCCACUACGAUCCACACUUAAAAACUGAACUCUGACUCGUUUGCGAUCAGGCUUAAGAAAUAGUGAUCUCCAUCAACAUUCUCCAUGAACAUUACACUUUCACAUCAUUAGCAGUUAUUGAGAAUUUAUGAAAUGAUCGAGUGAUCAGUGUCGACCUUAAAACGUUUUUGUGCUAAAAUGAUAAUAGGUAUCCAUUUGAAGAUGAUACAAAGGAACCCAAAAUAGACUUACCAAGUUUCGGCCGAUGUUUAGAAAAUUGAAAAGGGCUGGAGAGCAUCACCGUUCAGGCUAAAUCCAGUCAGCGACCCUUAAUAAAAAUCAUUUAAGCCUACAUAAUCAACAACGACGUGAAUGCCCGAGUUUCUGACUUGACGGUCAUCUGCCACCGUCAGGAAAUCGUACUAUAUUGCUUCUCGAAUGAAUCCCUCAUUUUAAUUUCCCCAAUUCAUUGAUCCACGACCAAGUACCUUUUCAAGAUCUUCUCCGCAUGACGAAACGCUUUCUCUGACUUCUCUGACCGCUUCCUACUAUAUUUUCUAGUAGCUGGAAGGAAUUUAGUCCUUUUUUGAUCGCUUUAAACCUGCUUUCGUCUGCAUUUUAUCCGCGCAAGUUAAAGGCUCGUGCCAAGGUUGAAACGACAACAACAUGAUCUCUUUCCUCUUUGAAAAACCAAACCUUGAUGGGUUGACUCGAGCGCCAGUACUAUCUGUACUAUCGACCAAAUCAUAAAUAGCUAUAAACAGUAUAAAUAAUCGGCCCUGCUACUUCCAAGCAUCAUCUCUACAUAAAAAGCAUAAAAUUUUGACUUGCCAUGAAUUAUUUCUGUCGGUAAAACCAUUUGGUCACUGAUACUGCGUACGAGAUUACCUUUGUUUGGCAAGCAAGGGUCCAAAGACUGAAGAUGCUUUUCCCGACGAACGCGCCUUUUUCAUGUCGGCUUUGAAAUUCGCGCGAGAUCGCAUUGUGAUACAGAUAGUAUCUGUCUUUCGUCUCAGCUCGUCUUCCAUCAGUGACGCAAAGUACACAAGUCAUGACAGAUUAGUGGCUAUUAAUUGAAUCCUAAUUAGGUUUUUACAAGGACACCGGAAAUUGAAACUUCCUCCCUGUGGUGAAUUUCAAAGUCGUAUGAAUCUCGUCAUGACGACGGAGUUUCUCUCAACAACCAGUUGCUCCAGGGCCCCGACUUGGUAUUUUGCUGAUGUUUAGACAAUAUCCUAUAGCACUAGUGGCUGACAUAGAGGGCAUGCUUAACAAAGUCAAAGUACCCCCAGCGGACUCUGAUGCUUUGAGAUUCCUUUGGUGACAGGACAGUGACCUUGAGAGGCCCUCGAAAUUCCAGAUGACAAGUCAUAUCUUUGGUGCCACAGACUCACCCAGUUGUGCAAACUUUUGCCUAAAGAGAGCUGCAGAGGCCCGUAAAGGAAUAUUUGGUGAUGAGGCUGUAAGGGCGGUUGACAAGGAUUUUUACUUAGAUGACUUCGAAACGUCAGUAAGGACAGUAACUGAGGCAAGCUCGCUAGCCGGCGAAGUGACUUGUUUACCCAGCGAAGCCGGAUUUAGACUGACGAAAUGGAUGAGUAACAGUCGAGAGGUGCUGUCCAAGAUACCUGAUGCGGAUCGUGCAAAGCCAACCCUGGAUUUAGGUCUUGAGAACCUCCCAGUAGAAAGGAAACUAGGAGGGCAUUGGGAUGUGGACAGAGAUGCUUUCUUUUUCAAGGUUCGUGAACCCCACCAACCACCUACUAAACGUGGAAUUCUGUUAGCAGUAAGCUCGCUGUAUGAUCCGAUGGGAUUUGUUUGCCCGGUUGUCCUGGAAGCUAAGAAGAUUUUGCAAAGGAUGGGAUGGGACGACCUGAUACCUGAAAAUUUACAAAGCCUCUGGAACAAGUGGAAGUACAAGUUGGCUGUUUUAUGACAAGUUCAAGUACCGCGAUGCCAACUGAUCGACAGCACAGUAGUCGACACAUCACUUCAUCUAUUUUCUGAUGCGUCAGAAGAUUUCAACGGCAUGUGCUCCUAUCUCAGAUUUGUCUAUACUUGUGGAACUGUAAGAUGUUCUUUUCUUGAUGGAAGGUGGAGGAGUUCACCAGUGAGACCAAUUUCGAUUCCAAGGCUUGAGCAGUAGGCAGCGACAUUGUCAGUGAAGAUGUAUAAAGUGCUUGUAGAUGAAUUGACUUACAAGAUAAACAAGGCUACAUUUUGGUCGGAUUCUCAGACGACGUUGCAGAUAGAUAGAUAGAUAGAUAGAUAGAUAGAUAGAUAGAUAGAUAGGUAGGUAGGUAGGUAGGUAGAUAGAUAGAUAGAUAGAUAGAUAGAUAGAUAGAUAGAUAGAUAGAUAGAUAGAUAGAUAGAUAGAUAGAUAGCUUUAUUGAGAAGUAAAAUCAUUGCAGCCCCCGGGCUGGCUGAAAUGUGACUUACUUUGCAAUGGAACUAAAAAUUAUCUAUAAAUAUAUGAUAACUACUUUAAAAACCGUAAAAUAUAACCUACAAUAAAAUACAAAAGGAGAAGUAUCAACACUAAAAUACUAAUAAUUAAGAUUACUACUAAUUAUUAAAACUGUUCUCCAUAAUAAAAGUGUUUUUAAACCUAUUUGUUUUACAAAUCGGUAGUUUCAAGUAUCUCUGGCUACAGGUACAAUAAGUGGACCUGUUGCGUAGCGGCAGCAGGUCAUGGAGCUUGUGGCUUUGGUCCUUUACAAUUUGGUCGAAUAGAGCAUUACUCAAGGCCUUCCUCCUCUCGUACAGUGACGUGAUGUCUAGAGCUACUAGAGCCUCAGCAUAGGAUAAGUCGGGUUGUAUUAUCCGCAACGAGCGCUUUUGCAACUUUUCCAUUUCAUUAGACAGAUAUUGCGGCAAGGAAUGAUGAAAAACUGGGCACGCAUAUUCUAAUACAGGGCGUAUACAUGUUGUAUAGAAAAGGAGCAUAUCCUUGGGUGGAACUUUAGCGCUCUUUAGCUGUUUUAGGAAGUACAGGUGCGUCGCAGCCUUUUUGCAUAUAGAUUCUACAUGCGCAUUCUACCUGAGGUUGUCCGAAACUACUACUCCUAACAGGUUUGCGGACGAGACAACUUCGAUUUGCUUAUCACUGAUAGUGAUAUGAUCUACAGAACUUCCUGAUGUAGAGAAUGAUAUUCUCAGUUCUUUACAUUUACACUAGUUGAGUUGGAAACCAUCAGCUUCCGACUGUCGUACAAGUUCAUCUACGCGGAAGUGCAUGUAGCUAGUCUCGUUCUUCGAUACUGAGGGAUACAAGAGUGGUGUCAUCAACGUAUUUCCAAAGAGUUGUGUCUGCUACAGAAAGAUCAUUUAUCAUGAUAAGGAACAGUCAGGAGCCCAGUUUCGACAGACAGGGGCUCAGUUAAGAAUAAAUCUAAGCGAUUUCAGAUGUACGUUGCUAACCGUAUGGCUGAAAUACGGUUAACUCUGCCGAUGACGCUUCACGUUGCUUAAAGCCUCAGACAUCGAUAGUGGAGAGGACCUGAAUUCCUUUGGGAGGCAUAGGAGUGAUGGCCAGGUGAAGUAACGUAUAGGGAAGUACCAGACAGUGACCCGGAGGUGCGAAUUUCACCAAAUGUUGACCCCAUAAGUGUAGGAACACGUCUUGUUGGCAGUCAUCCCACCGAGUGCAGUGAGAAUGGCAGUGCGUCAGAAGAUAGUCAUGCAGGUUUAAGUAGGCUUAUAGAGAGCUGCAGCUCAUGGUUAACCCUGCAACGCCGUGUAGCGUGGAUAGUACGAUAACAACAGGAUUGUCCUUUCUAAUGAAAGCUUUUCUGAAGAUGUCAAGGAAGUGAAGCCGAAUAAGUAAAUCGAGCAAGCUGGGAAACCUGAGAGCAGUAUUAGUAGAUGGAGUACUACGGGUAGGAGAACGAUUGCAGAAAGCUGUGGUACUCUCGUGGGACGAGAAACAUUCGAUGGUUCUACAGCGCUAUCACGUGAGCCAGUUGAUUGUUCGUCAUUACCAUGAGUCUGCCCCUUGUAGUGGAAGAGAACAAACUUUGUGUGAACUGCAAAAAAUGUUCUGGAUUAUUGGUCGAAGAGGUCUAGUGAAGAAGACUAUUAGAAGCUGCACCAGGUGCCCAAGGAUGAAUGCUAAACCCUUGAAGCAGUUUAUGGGGCCGCUACCAAGAGCAAGGCUAAAGGCGUACCAUCCUGCGUUUACUUUUACUGGUGUUGACUUGUUCGGACCACCAACCGUUAAGUGGGACCGCGGAACCGCGAAAAGAUGGGGAUGUUUUUUCACGUGUCUCACGUCCUGCGCUGUGCAUUUGGAUGCGACGCCGUCAUUCGAAGCAGAUUAUUUCAUUAUGAUUCUCCACCAAUUCGUAAGUAGAAGAGGACCGCCUAAAGAGAUUUGGUCUGACAGGUUCACUAAUUUUGUAGGAGCGAACAGAGAGUUCAAAGAGUCUAUUGCGCGUUGGAACGAAGAAAAGAUUGAUCCUCAGUUGCAGCAGAAGUGUAUCAAGUGGGUCUUUCAGCCUCCCGCUCCCCCACAUGUGUGCGGAGUUUGGGAACGUUCUUGUACAAAUUACGGAGAAACGUCUAAAGAGCGCAGUUGCAGAAGGGCUACUCAGUGACAUUAAACUUAGAAUACUGUUAGCUGAUGUGGAGUCCAUAGUCAAUAACCGCCCCAUAACGGCUGUUUCAGAUGAUCCUGAAGAUUGUUCAGCGCGGACACCCAACCAUUUCCUUCUUCAUAGAGCCACUCAGCUUCCACCUGGAGUAUUUGUGAAAGAGGAUUCGUUUUGCAGGAAGCGAUGGAGAAAGGUACAGUUUCUUGCCGAUGACUACUGGAAGAGGUGGAUACGAGAAUGUUUGCCGACUCUUCAGAAAAGAUUAAAAUGGGUCAAGUUAAUGAUUAAGCUACAAUCUUUCCUCAGGCCUUAAUAAGCAAGCGAGACGAUAAGCACCAUAAUUCGUGACUGAAAUUGGCGUAGUUUUCUAGCUAUAUUAAAAUUGGUUAAUAUGUAGAGCAGUAUAAAAAUCAGUGCCAACGUGGUGAGUUCAAGUUAAGAAUCAAACUUCAGGGCAGUCAAAAGAUAAGCAACUGCUCUUCGCUUGACACAUAAGGGAGUGGCAAGUGAUUAAAUCAUGAUGCUUACCAAUUUCUCUCUUGCAUGUUUUCCAAAUGGAACUUUGCUUUUCGUAAACAUGCAUGGCUUUUGAACAAUAAUAACAAUACCAUGAUGGGGUUAUGAAUCUAAACUGAAAGGUUCCCAUAUAAUUAUGGUGUUGCAAACGAUCACAGAAUAAGAUUGGCCAUUUCUGUGCUCCUGAGUUGUGUAAGUAAUUCGAGAUUUCCGUCUACUUUAAGUAAUAGUUUGUUUGAUUCUGAUUUAUCAUGCGCCAUUUCUCAAUAAAGCGCAAAUGCGUAAAUCAAAUAUUAAAUAAUAUUUUUAUUUUUGAAAAGCCCACUUAAAGCACCGAAGUUUUAGAACUUGCUGACAAUAUUGGAUUUACCGUUCAGCUAUAUCUUUCAAACGAUCGAUCCUUAUUUUUUCUUUUUCUUUAUGUUUAAUUUUAUUAUUAUUUUUUAUUCAACCAUGCAGAUGCAAAUGAGUCCAGUACAGUUGAGUCAGCUACCUCGGUUUUGGCCUCUUCUACGGUAGUGCUUCAUUUUACACUAUUAGCCCGUCCCUCGGUGGUACCAACCUCUCCUACAGAUCCAACCUCUUCUACAAUGUCAGCAGGUAUGUAA